UUCCGCUGGGUUUUCCAGUUUUCGUUUUCGGUUUGAAUGCCGACCCGUAAUAGAGACAAAUUUCAUGUCCUAUAUGGCUAUACCCAAUCCCAGAAACGCAGGGUAUACUGCCCAAAAGCGAAAAAGGCUCCUUUCCCCAAUUCACAAACAGAGACGCACCAAAAAGCGACUCGCUUCCCAAACUCACGCAGUUCCAAAACCCAAAAGCUCCCUUUUUCCCUCUCCCCCCUUCUCUGCCCAGCAGACCAAGGCCACCAAAAACCUUCCUCUCACAGUCACAAACAAACACUCACACAAACCCAAAAGCGACUCACUUCCCAAGCAAAACCCAAAGUUCCUUUUCCCAUCUCUCUGUACUUUUCUCUCCGUACCAGUCAUGGCUCAAAACAGACCCAAACAACAAGAAGUAGAAGAAGAUGAACAAGACGAUUUGAAGAAGCUUAUGAGCUCCUACCUUGGUCUGAGCUUGGGCAUUUUCUUGGCUUUAGCUCCAACCAAGUUCCAAGAGCUACAGACCCAAGUGAGCGAGCUCUCUGCGAGGCUAUGGCAAGCGGAAGAACAAGUGAGACAGAUGAGAUCGAGAAGAAAAGAGGACUCAAAAGCCAACGCGAGGGUUGUGGAGAUCUUCGCCAGCCACCGCAACGGUUGGCAGGCGGAGGAGGAGCGGCCGGCGGAACAAGUCGGAGCCGAAAUUGCUCACCUCCAUGGAAGGAUUGUGGAGCUGGAGAAAACCCAGGACGAGUCGAGCGCUAGGAUUCAAGAUUUGGAGAGAGAGGUUGGGGAGAGGGACGACAUGAUUGGGUUCAUGGCCAGCAGAGGCGGUGAGGCUGAAGAAGACGACCACUUUGGCCUCCUCCAACCACAACAACAACAUCAAGUCAAGGAUGAUGUGAAUGUGUACGACAAUGCCAUUGCCUUUGGCUUUGACUCCCACUUGGUGGCCGAUGCUUCCAAGCUCUGGCAGGAUGUACAGUAUGAAUCCCUUGAACCAUUGUAUCAUAUGAAGCAUUUUGUACCAAGAAGGGAGUCCCCUUGGAAGCUAGAUGGUGAAUCGACCAGAGUAUCCUCUAAACUAAAAUUACUUGAACAAGAAUUGCUAAAUUUGGAAAAUAUUGGAAACAGUGAUCUUUCCAAGGUACCUUCAUUGAUGAGGAAGCAGGCCAAGAGGUAUCAAGCUCUUGCAGGGAAGAUAGAUGAUCUGUGCAGAAGAAUGCAGGAUAGUGAUCCCUCUGAACCCACACUCAGUCCAGAGUUUCGUACGCAAAGACAAACAGAAUUUUUACUUGAAUCAUUUAGACUUCAGCAACGUGCAUCAGAAACCGCACAGAAGCUGAUGGCAGUACAAACAGAGAUUGGGAAGAGUUAUUAUGGGGGUGAGGUGGGGAACCAGGCCAAACUUACCACUCGACGGUCUUUGGAUUCCAUCAGAAACAACUUCAAAGAAAUCCAGAGAAAUUUGGAGAUAUGGUUGGCCAGAAUUAUUGGAGAUCUUGAAGGUAUUCUGGCCAGAGACGGUGCUUCUCGCGUAAGGGAAUACUAUAUUUCUAGGUAUCCUUUUGUUCAAUAAAUCUCUAGACUUGAAUUCAAAUCUGUCCACCAAAUUGUUUACUCUGUUUGUAAGUAUCCUGAUCCAAGCCAUAAGGGUGGCGGUUCGAUGUCCUCAUUCCACUUUGUUUAUGGUAGCAUCUGUAUAUAUGUUGUCUAUUUUCCUUUUCGUUCCAUUCUUUUUUUGGCGUGAAAAUCCGUUGAUUAAUCUUUAAAAAAAUCAUCACAACAGUCAAAAGAGAA